ACAUUUUUUUUGAAUUGGAAAAUCAAUGAAACAAAAUGAAAUUCUGCUUGUUGAUUCUCUAAAUAUACGGUUGAAAAUUGGAGAAAUAAUCAGAUCUCUAUCUAGCCCAUCAAUUUUCAUUGUUAAUGAAUCAUUUCUUUUUCUCUCUAUUCCUCAAGAAUAGCAGCUGAUUAAGUGUUUCUUGACCAAGUGCUUCUAGUUGCACUCACACUUUAAUGAAUCAUCCUAACAACUACUAAAUCCUCUUUUUAUGCGCAGAUUUUGCUUUGAGAAAAAUGGAUUGAAAACUUCGUGGUUUUGAUUAGCAUUGGCAGAAGUAAUCUGGCAAUUUAGGUUGAGAAAUAGGCAUUACCUGGCCAACUGAACUGUUCUGCGGUUUAUACUUGGAUUUUGUAGUAAACUUCAUGUUGGAAAUGCUUUACCUUUUUUUCAUUGUAGUUAAAACUUUUUGAUGCAUCAAUUAUAUCCCUAUUUUUUGGCACCUUGGAUUUUGUUGUUUAAUCUUAUGGAUGAUCAAACAUGCUUAAUUAUAGUGCGCACUGGUAUCUCUUUUCAUUGUGUACAAAAUGGUUUGUGUAUGUUACAAAAAUGUUUACAGAUGUUUGUAGUUGGUUGGAGUCAUGCAAGUAAUGACUCCUUUCUUGGGAGUUAAAUGGGUUAUGGUAACCAAUUCACUGAAACAAUAUGAAAAAUUUUCCCAUUUUCAAAAUUCCAUGCUAUGGUCCUCUUCCCAUUCCUCUGACACAAGACAGGUACGUGAGAACCGAUUUAUUCAUACCUCAGCAUAAAAUCGAGGUUGCACU